AUGUGGUACCGGGCGACUCUAUGGUUUGUAUUGCCUACGCUACUCACCUUGUCAUCUUCAUUCACGUCUUUAUCAUGUAUUACCAAUCCUUGCAUAUAUGGAAUAUGUGUGGAGUCACAUAAUGGAUCAUACACAUGCUAUUGUAUUGAUGGCUUUACUGGAGUUAAUUGUCAAACCAACUGGGAUGAAUGCUGGAGCUCUCCAUGUCUUAAUGGAGGAACAUGUAUUGAUGGAAUUGCACAGUAUGAUUGCUCCUGCCCAGAAGGUUUCAUAGGCGAAACAUGCGAAGAAAACAUAGAUGAAUGUAUUUCAAAUCCAUGUCUAAACAAUGGAACAUGCAUAGAUAUAGCUAAUGGCUACACAUGCCAGUGUCAACCAGGCUACAUAGGUCUAAAUUGUGAAACAGAUAUGGCUGUUUGCAAUUCAACAGAUGAUGCACAUUGCUCAAAUGGAGGUACAUGCAUUGAAGGACCAGGAAUAUCAUUUACGUGUCGUUGUUUGCCAGGAUGGACUGGACAGCAAUGUGAAAAGUCAACAGAUGAAUGUGAAUCCUCACCUUGUGAAAAUGGGGGAGUUUGCAUAGAUAUGCAUGCAACUUAUGUUUGUGCUUGUCCUUAUGGUUAUACUGGCAAAAAUUGUGAAACUAGAGUUCAGUUAUGCGGAAGUAACAUAUGUGAAAAUGAUGCACUGUGUGUAAUAGAAAAUAAAAAUAGUGUUUGUUACUGUGUACCUGAUUACCAUGGAGAAAGAUGUCAGUACAAAUAUGACGAAUGCCAAAAAGGACCAGGAUGUCUCAAUGGAGGAACUUGUAUUGAUGGAGUGGACAGUUAUACAUGCUCUUGUCCGUUGGGUCUCCUAGGGAGAUUCUGUGAAUGCAUAGCUACAGAAAGAGGAGAUUUAAACUGUAAUUAUAUACGAUUUCCACUGCCAAACACAAGUCUUCCUACAAUUCCUGUUUAUACAAUAUCAAGUACUGCCAAAACUGAUGCAUUUAGUGAUGAUUAUUCAUUAGAAACAAAAGAGACCACAAGCUAUGUGCCAAUUAAUAUAAGUACCAGUGAAAUAACAAUGAUUUCACAAACUGAGACGACCAAUACAAUACUUCAUUAUUAUUCAGAUUAUACUACAACCCAACUUAUGGAUACCACAACAGAAGAAAGUUACACAUCAGGAAAAGAUACAGAUCAAACUGUGACUGAAACCUAUGUGACACAAGAAAUAACAAUACCACAGACCAGUGAAACAGUUAAAGAAUCUACAGAAGCUACAUCGAUUAUAACCAAUACAGUAACAGAAGCAUCAUCAUCUUUUACAACAGAAACAUUUGAAAGUGAAAUUACAUCAGAUACUUAUUACAAUUUAACUUCAUUUGAACCAAUCGGAAGUACAACACCAACAGAAAUAAGUGAAAAAACAACUUCUUUAGAAAUUACUGAGGGAACAACUUCAUCAGAGAUGAAUGAAACUACAACUGUAGAAACAACCACAACUAGAAUGACUAAUGAGUCAACAUCAGAAACUUUAUUUUCAACCCAGCAAACAGCAUUAAGCAGUGAACAAUCUUAUUUCACCGAAAAUACAGAUACAUCUUCUACAACAGAAUACUAUGAAAUUAGUACUUUUGAGACUUUAUCAACAGGCACUGAUUUAGUAACAACAGAAAAUUUUCCGGAAGAAACAUGUUCUCCAUUCAUAUGUGGAAAUGGUGGAACUUGUUAUGAAGACAAGAGAGGAAUACAGUGUCAAUGUACUUUUGGUUGGACAGGAAAAUAUUGUGAAGAAGAAGAAGGAAUAAAAAUUGCCGCAUUUAAAGGGAGGUCUUAUUUAUUUCAUAUUUUAGGAAAUGCAACUAAGGCUACUAUUUCUUUUAAAUUAAGAACUUUAUCCAGCACUGGACUACUAAUAUUUGCCCAUGUAACGUCAAAUUUAUACAUGUCUCUGUUCAUACAAAAUGGUUUACUCAAAUUUCAAUUUUCUUGUGGAGUUCAGACUAUGCUAUUUAGUGAAUUAAAGUACCCUAUUAACACUGGAUUUGAGAUGGAUAUAAGUGCAAUGCUGGAGUUAUUGUCUGAAAAUCAGAUGCAACAAAAAUGUGCUGGAGCUGUUAGACUGAAUGGAACACUAUCCAUGACUGGAAAGCAAGAGGCUUUCGUACCAAAAUUUAGUACCAAAGCUACUGGAGCAUUUUAUAUAGGCGGUUUGCCUCAUCACAUAGCCAAUCAGGUUGAUAUACCAGUUAAAUCUGUAGAUGGUAUGGCAUCUUACAUAGCAUACCCACUUCCAGGAGCAAUUCAUCAUAGCUUUGAACUUCACUUUAGAUUCAUUCCCAUGACAGUUGACCAAAUUGCAUUAAUGGUCUUCAUAGGCCAAGGAAAUCCAUACGAAUCAAGCGCUGACCAUCUAGCAGUGAGCUUUAUAAAGGGUUAUGUAGUACUAACCUGGAAUUUAGGUGGCUAUGAAACUCGAAAUUUUAGUGGAUUGCCUCAUGAUUUGCCUUUACACUCUGGAUUUUCUGGAUGUUUGUUUGAUGUUCAACUACGUGCAGGAAGAGUGAGACUGGCUCUACAAAGAUCCAGAGAUGCCGUAGGCAGAAAUGUUGGACAAUGCUCUACAAAACAUUGCCAUAACAAUACCUGUCAUCAUUCAGGUGUUUGCAUUGACCACGGAGCUACAUUCACGUAAUUAAAUUCUUUAAAAUAAAUUAUGAAGAAACAAAUAUAAUUUAUAAUAAUACAGCAAGUUCAGAAUUUUUUAAUUAAUAUAAACGUCUUAAAAAAUGAAAUAAAACUUUAACACGUGUUCUGUUUAAUUACAUAGAUGUUUAUGUCAAGAUGGAUGGUUUGGACCAACAUGCGGCCUGAAAUAUAAUCCUUGUGACUCAACAAAAAAUAACUGCUCAAACGGUGCAACUUGCGUUCCUUUAGAAUUUGGAUAUGAAUGUGAUUGCCAGUUUGGAAAAACAGGAAAAUACUGCGAAAACGAGGAAGAACUUUCAGAUAUUGAAUUUUCUGGACUGCGGUCAUUCUUAAGUUUGGCACCUGCUUCACUUGAUGGAACAGAGACAUGCAUAGAUCUUGAAAUAAGACCAAUAUCCUCUAAUGGAAUAGUGAUAUACUCUGUCCAAACUGAGGGCUCAUCUACAACAUUCAUUUCUCUUACUCUUCAUGGAGGAGUUUUAGAACUGAGACUUCUUCCACUAGGAGGACAAAGAAAUGGCGAUCUACUGACAGUAAGAAGUGGAAGAGUUUUGUCUCUUGGGGAGUGGGCUAGAGUUCGAAUAGGUCGAUAUGGAAGGAGAAUCUUCCUUUGGGUAAUAAAAAUGUUCCUACAAUAUCAGUACAAUUUAAGGCACAUCAAAUGAAUAAUUUACAAUUAUCAUAAGCAGUCUAACCUAUAUUAAUUUAUCACAAUGGUUGCUGUCAUGCUUAUGAAACUUUUUUUUAUAUAAGGCAGUUAACUGCUUAAAUUAAAUAUAACCAUUUUAAAAAAUCACAACAUAGAAAACAAAGAUGACUUAAAAUAAGAUUUCAGUUUUUUAAAAUCUUUUAGGAUGAAGAUCAAACAACAAAACAUUAAAUAUACACAAAUGUCUUUUAGAACACUCUUUGUACUUAAAUCAAAGAUAAAACAUUAUUUAUAAAUCUUCAAAAAAAGCUACACGAGCUUUUGUAGAUCCUGACCUAACUUUUCUCAAUGUAGAAUAUUUUGUUUCUCCAAGUCUCACUUGUUCAUCAUGAAGCAGAUCUAAUUCACAUUGUUUCUCACCAAUUUUAAGAACUUCUAUUUCAGUUUUCAAAUCUCUUAAUUGGUUCUGUAAGUGUUUACUCUUUUCUAAGUAAUCUACCCUUUCUUUUUCAAUUUCCAAUGACAACUGUACCAUAUCAUUAUCAGCAGUCAAUUCAUAGGAAGUCAAAUCUGCAGAGCUUAUGGUGGCAUCCCCUUCCAAAGGUAGUGGCUGAACAUCUAAGACUUGAGAAGAAGGAUAGAUUGAAUUGACACUAGAAUUCAUGUAAGCAUUGCGAGAAAGAAAUUCCAGAAGUUUUUCUUUAGCUUCUUUCUCAGCUAAUCUUGCUUUUAACAAUUCAUCUUUCAAUCUAUUUGCCUCAAAUGCUCUUCUUUCUGAUUCAUCAACUAACCUUGCAGUAAGUUGUUCUGCUUCACGAGUUUUCUUUUCUAAAUUCAAUUUUUCUUCCUCAGUUUUCAUAGCUGUAAGCCUCAUACGUGCUAGUUCUUGUUCGGCUUCAGUGGCUUUCUGACUAAGUAACAUUGCUUCUUCUUCUGCAACACGAGAUUUUUCUGCCAAGAGUUCAGCAGUUUCUUCAGAUCUUCGUAAAGCUUCAUUAGCAAGUCUAACUUCCUCUUGGUACUGUAUAAGUCUCUGUUCUAAAGCUGCUUUUUCCUGUUCUGCUGUUUUUCUCAGUUGCUUUUCACGGGCAAGUUUAUUUCUUUCUAUCUGUCUCCUAGUCUUUUCCUCUUUAGCUUGCGAUUUCAUUUGUUGAACUUCCAUUGUAUCCGGCUUUCUCCGUCUCAUGAACAGAUCGUGGUUUCCAAUACAUAAAUCGAGAAUAAGUUUGUUCAUUCUAACUUUUUUAGAAAAAAACACAAAAUUAUUAGCAGACUUAUCAACAGGUUUAAUAACAAACUUCUUAUCAUCAAAACUUACAUGUCGAAUAUCUGACCAUGGAAAAUUUGCUUUAGGAGUUAAUUUAUUAUCUUUACUAUACAUAUUCAGUCCUAAUGCAGUAACGCCAAGCCAAAGUUCAGAAUUUUUUUUAUUGGUAAUGGGAAAAUAAUUAACACCAUACAUUUCUAAAUCUUGUGCUAUUUUUAAAUAUUCCAUUUCUGCUUCAUCUCGAGACAUACCCCUGUGAUCAGCAUACCAUAUCUUAAUUCUAUCUUCCCACAUUUCUGGAGUCAUUUGAUACUGGUCAAUGACUCUCUGAGGUAACAAGUCUUCACUGGCAAGCAUUCCAGGUUUGUAAGUAGCUUCAUCAUAAUCUUCAUAUUUAGCUUGAACAGCAUAAGAUGCUAGUAAUACAGAAGCUUCAGGAGGGCAGUAAAUAUCCAUUGACAGUAUAGCUUGUUUAACUUGUAAAAAAAACAAAUGUUGUGUUACCUCUUGUACCAAUUCCUCUGCUACAUCCUCAGGAUAAAAUUUUGCGAGGAACAUAAAGGGUGUAGUUGGUUGUUGAGAGACAACUUGAUCUUGAACUUUUUUGUCAAGUUUCAACCAAGAUAUGCAAUUCUUUGAAUCUUCAUACUGCAAUCCGAAGUACCAGGUCUCACGAAGACCUAUGGUACGACAGACCAAAUCAAACAAAUCUCUCCCAGUAGCUCUCCAUUCUAAAUUGAACUCUAAUUCGGCAUCUAAAGUACAAACUUUGACUGGGAAAGAUUUCCUUGAUUUUUUCCUGAUAAACUGCGGCAUAUUAUAGUAAGGCACAUAAUAAACAUCACUUAAAGGGAGUAAUAACAAAGACCUAAUAAAACAUAACCUAUAUCCAGCCUAACAUUGACUAUGUUGCGAUUGAGAAACAGAUUGAUUUGCACAUAAUUAUUAGAAAAGCAUAAAAUAAGCCCAGUCCAGAGGAAUGGGCAUAAUAAUCAGGAUUAAUACACAUUCCAAACAUUCUGAUGUCAUAAGAACAUCGUUAGCAUUUGCUGAAGCUAAGUGCAGAAUCGAUACUAACCCAG